AUGGCUCCGAGCGAAGAAUCGGCGUCCAAACAACUCGAUUUCGAAACACAUCUGGAGUUGAAGCAGACCGCGCCGGAUGUCUUCACAAACGCCCAUGAGCCAUGGGUGUUCCAUGUCACACACACGUAUCCCGGCCCGUUGAUGAUGGCCCAGGCGGCCGCGGCGGCGUGGAAGACGGUGCCGGACGGAUUCAUGCUGGACUCGCUGCAGACGCACUUCAUGCUGGCACCGAGCCCAGCAAAGCCUUUGAAGUACCACGUGCAGCGGAUCGGCAAUGGCCGACGGUUCGCAGUGCGCAUUGUGAACAUCUCCCAGGACGACAAGAUCUGCGUGACGAUAACCACGAGUUUCGUCAACGAUGCCGCGCCGUGGUCCGGGCGCGCCAUGACGCAUGCCGUGCCGAUGAGGAUUGACCGGCGCAGGCGGGAGAUCACACUGGAUGAUUUCGAAUUUGGGCGGACGGAGCGAGGGCCGUUUAUGAAGUUCGAGAGGCUCCCGCACGUACACCAAGGUUGGUUGGUUCCCUUCCAGCAAGCCCGUGCGAAGGAAAUAUACUAUGAUACUCACAUGCUUUUCUUAUCUCCUUUUUCAGCUCCCAAAAGCCCCGCCACCACGAUCGCCCCGACGCUCGCGCAGAUCGCGCCGGCCAUAUCGUCGCCCCGGGGCACGGCGGCGCACGUUCUCGCCGUCGUCCACGUCUCCGACUACCACGUCAUGGACUGUCCGCUGUCCAUCCACGGCAUCGCACACGGGUCGUGGGCAAUCGGAGACCAGAGCAAGACACCGAUUCCGUCUGCCAUGAAGAUCAUGACCAGCCUGAACCACACGAUACACUUUCACACCCACAACGGCUUCCGGGCCGACGAGGUGAUGUACAUCGAGGUCACGUCCCCAUGGGCGAAGGACGGGCGAGCCAUGAUCAACUCGCGGAUUUUCAGCAAGCAGGGCAUGCUGAUUGCCACUGUCGUACAGGAGGCGUUUUAUGUCUUCAAAGAUGCCGGUGCGAAGCUCUGA